AUGAGCGUGAUUUUUAGGCGAGUACUGUGUUCUCGUGUUGUGACCCAGCCUUCCAAUACAGCUUUGUGGCUUCGUCUAAGAGCUUUUAGCGAUGCUGUACAGAAAUGGACUGACCAAAAGAUUGGCGAAACAGUCAAAAAAGACAAAGUUGUCGUGUUCAUGAAGGGGGUCCCUUCGCAGCCCAUGUGCGGGUUUAGCAACGCUGUGGUACAGAUUCUGCGCAUGCAUGGAGUAGAUAAGUUUACAAGUUUCAAUAUUUUAGACGAUGAAGAACUCAGAAGUAGAAUCAAAGAAUUUUCUGAAUGGCCGACUAUUCCGCAAGUUUACAUCGGGGGUGAAUUUGUCGGCGGGUGCGACAUCAUGAUCAAAAUGCACCAGGAAGGGGAUCUUAUCGGGGAGUUGAAAAAAGUUGGUAUCGAUUCGGCGUUAGCUGGAGAAGCAGAAAAGAAAGACUCAUAA